AUGUAUAUGUUUCGGAAGCAACAAAGAUCAGUUAAGUAUAGCCAGCCAGAUUCACCGAUAAAUAUCCUCGUAACCGUCCUUCUCCCCUAUUUGGAAUAUUCUUAUAUGUGUGUUUUUUUACCACUUGUUCUCACUGCAAAACAAUUUUCACUGUACGCGAAAAUGCCUUUUGUUGAAUUUGAGCAAAAGUUUAGAGCAAAGUUUCACAACACCAACAAACCCACCACACAUAUUCAUACACACAUAGAGAAUCAAUUACAGCGCAAGCACUUCUCAUUACGUAUCUACUCACCCCUCAAGCUACCCACAAAUGCAAUGUCCCAAUCUUCCAGUAUAGUUGGUGUACAUUACAAAGUAGGCAAAAAAAUUGGAGAAGGUUCGUUCGGAGUAAUCUUUGAAGGUAUCAACAUUUUAAACAAUCAACAGGUUGCAAUCAAGUUUGAGCCGAGAAAAUGUGAAGCUCCACAAUUACGAGACGAAUAUAGAUCUUAUAGAAUCUUGAACAAGACGAAGGGCAUUCCACAAGCAUAUUUUUUUGGACAAGAAGGCGUUCAUUCAAUAUUGAUUAUAGAUCUUCUUGGGCCGUCUUUGGAGGAUCUUUUUGAUUGGUGCAAUCGCAAAUUUAGUUUAAAGACAACUAUUCAAGUCGCAAAGCAAAUGAUUGAAAGAGUGGAAUCCAUACAUGAACAUGAUUUGAUAUAUCGCGAUAUAAAACCCGACAAUUUUCUUAUAGGAAGACCCGACACGCCAGAGGCAGACCAAAUAUUUGUUGUUGACUUUGGAAUGGCAAAACAGUACCGAGACCCAAAGACAAAAGUACACAUACCCUAUAGAGAAAAGAAGGCUUUAAGCGGGACAGCAAGAUAUAUGUCGAUAAACACUCAUUUAGGCAGAGAGCAACUGAGGCGGGACGAUUUGGAAAGUCUUGGACACGUUUUUAUGUAUUUCUUACGCGGAUCAUUACCAUGGCAAGGUUUGAAAGCACCCACUAACAAACAAAAAUAUGAAAAAAUUGGCAUGAAAAAGCAAACCACUUCUGUUAAUGAAUUGUGUUAUGGUUUACCUAUCCAAUUUGCUCAGUACUUGACUUACGUAAGAAACUUGAACUUUGAUGAAACACCGGAUUAUAAAUACUUGGUAGGCUUAAUGGACAAGGCCAUGAUCACACUUGGUUUUGAAGAUGAUGGUCAUUAUGAUUGGAUGGAUUUGAAUAAUGGCAAAGGGUGGGACGCGGCCUUGAACAAAAAGGCUAAUUUACAUGGGUAUGGAAACCCACAUCCACCAAGAAAGUCGCAACUACAGCAGCAACAACAACAAUUACAUCAACAAAAGAGUCAUAAUGCAAAUUCACCUUCCUAUCAGCGGCUUCAGAGCUAUGCCAACUAUUCACUGAACCAACAACUACCACUCUUAGGUAAGAAAUCCGACGGCAAAAAUGCUGUUGCACAAAGAAGGUAUGGGUAUCAAUCAAUUAAUCAAGAUUCCAAGGCUUCGAUGUUGGUGAAUGCUUACACCCCAGGACAAGACCGAGAUUUGGAGUAUGGUGGUGAGCAGAAUGGCAUAAUUAAUGCAAGAAAUGAUGAGGAUCUUCAUUCAGACACUUCAAGUUUCAAUAGGAAGAAGAGCCGGUCUUGUUUCUUCUGUUGUUACAUAUAG